AUGUCUACAAACACCACAGAUCUCCCAACCUACGAGCUCUACCAUAAUGUCGAAUAUAUUGACAGAUACUGCCCUGGGGGAUAUCAUCCCAUCGAGGUCAACGACAGACUAAACCAGCGAUACCACAUCGUUGAUAAGCUGGGCCAAGGCGGUUAUUCGACUAUUUGGCUUGCCCGCGAUGAGGAGCUCAACAACUAUGUUGCCAUCAAAGUCGGCACCGCUGAUCAAGUCUCGAAAGAGAGCGUUAUUCUUCUCAAACUGGCUGGCAAUCCCACCAACGAGUUCUCUGGUCAACUCAUCACUCAAGUACUGGAUCAUUUCACACGGCACACAUCCUUGCAUUCCAGGGCACUGGCUGCCCAGCUCAUCUUGGCAACGGCAUACGUCCACCGGGCUGGCUUUGUUCACGGUGAUAUUCAUCUAGGAAACGUGCUGCUCCAAUUGCCUGGAUCAGAGCUCGAUCAUCUCUCCAUCCAACAGGUCUAUGAGAAAUACUAUGAACCAGACCCUUACCCAGUGACUAGGACUGAUGGUCAGCCGGUCACCUCACCGUCAGUGCCAAAGAAUGUAUAUACACCGAACUGGCUCGGUAAACCUAGCGACGAGGUUCUGUUGCCUGAAGCCAGGCUGUGGCUCGCCGAUUUCGGAACAGCCUUCAACCCUUCGCAGGAGACGAGACUGCUGUCUUACACGCACUUGCAGAAUCGACCCCCAGAAGCAGUGUUUGAUUCCACGAAGCCUCUGACAUUCUCCUCUGAUAUCUGGAGCCUGGGACUUAUGGUCUGGGAGUGCAUGGGUUCCGGGCCAUUUAUGGGCGGCUUUCUCUUUGAUGAGGACGAGGUGAUCGCUGACCGGGUCGACGCGCUCGGUCCCUUACCCCACGAGUGGUGGGAGAAAUGGGAGACCAGAACAAACGUAUUGACUGAGGACGGACAACGAAAGGGGGGGAUAGAGACGUGGCCGCUCCAGAAACGAUUCGAUCUGGAUAUACAAAGAGAAACAAAGGCAGAAAAGUUGGAUGAUCAAGAGAGCCGUGCCUUUUUAGAUAUGGUUAAAGGGAUGCUGCGCUUCAGACCAGAAGAGCGUAUGACAGCUGAUCAGGUUCUGCGAUCGGAGUGGAUGAGUAAGUGGGCUCUACCCCUUGCAGAGAAAGCUUGGGAGCGUAAACUCUUGGACUGA